AUGAUUAUAUUUCCAUUUUUCUUCCUCGUCACCCAAAUUUUCCUAGCAGAAUCAAAAGGAGCUUCUUUGGAAUCUCAAAUCGCACGAAAAUAUUUGGAUGUUGUGAAAGAUUCGAUCAAUAAUCGGAAGGAAAAUGCGUUUUUGAAUGGUUUGGCAGAAGAUGUCAAUGUUCAUACUUGUCAUGAAAAUUUGGUGUACAGUAGGUCGUAGUAGGUUGGAUUUUGAAGAAAAAAACAAUUUCAGAAGAUUUCACGAAGGUUAGAGCACAGAACACAACUUCCAUCAUUUAUGACGUGAGAUUUUCAGGAAAAACUCAACAAAAGUGAAAAUAUUCCAGGACAAAUUGACCAAAGCCAACGUGGAAAAUGAUAACGAGAUUGCUGCCAAUUACCUAAGUGUUCGAAUCGGAUCCGAUGGUCAAGUUCUAGUCCGGAAAAAUCUUGUCAAAUUACGAUUGGAUAAUUAUCUUCCACAAUUCAAAGCGAAACUUGUUCGAAAUGAUUGUGCUCUUCCAGCUCACGAAAUUUUGGCGAAAAUUUACAGAAAUGAGGGAAAAGCUGAAUUGAAAACUAGCGUCACUUCAACCAUCAAAACAACACCAGUUUCUGAAUACUGGAAUUUGGGAACAGCUUCGACCACGAAAUCUAUUCCAUUUGAGAUCGAAGAAUCCGAAUUCAAGAAUUUGAAAUCGCCAAAAAGCAAACAAUGA